UCUCUCUUCCGUCUGCCAUCGGAAAAUCUCUCUCUCACCGCCGUUCACCGUCAUUGGUUAGUUCCGUCGCCGACAUCAACGUUUCUCCGAACCGUUUCACAGAAAUUGUUGAUCGUUAAGCUUGUGAGAAGAUCGGUGUUUGUGCUUCGAAUUAUUAUCAUAGGCAAGGAGUUUUUGCGUAUUUAAAGUGUACAGGUUCUUAGUUUGAAUUUGAACAGUCAUUUCAUUUGAAUGGUUCUGGAGAAUCUGUAAGAAGUUAAUUGAGAGAUUGAUAUUUGAAGGGGUCGAAAGGGAUUGUUGAACCAGAUAUCCUUUUUGAGGGCAUGCUUUUGUUUGUUCAGCAAAGCUGUAUGAUCAAGUAAAAAAAGUACCACUAUUAGUAAUAAUGGCAUCAAAAUCAUGUGCAAACAUUUUGGAUUUGAUUCCUGAUAAGCUAUUGGAUAUCCCUCAAAUCCCCAGAUCUCUUCCACGGGUGAUGACCCUACCUGGGGUUAUCAAUGGCUAUGAUGGGGAUUCAGAUAGUAUGUCAUCUAGUUGUCGUGAAAGAAAAAUCAUCGUGGCGAAUAUGUUACCUUUGCAUAUUCAGCGGGAUCCAGAUACCCUGAAGUUGACCUUCAGUUUUGACGAAGACUCACUCUUAUGGCAACUAAAAGAUGGGUUUUCUCCUGAAACCGAGGUUGUAUAUGUAGGUUCAUUAAAGGUUGAAGUAGAUGUUAGUGAGCAGGAAGAAGUUGCUCAGAAACUGCUGGAUGAAUUUAAUUGUGUUCCCACUUUUCUUCCACAUGACCUUCACAAAAAGUUUUAUGCUGGAUUCUGUAAACAGCAAUUAUGGCCCCUUUUUCAUUACAUGCUUCCCAUGUGCCCCGACCAUACUGAUCGCUUUGACCGCCUUCUCUGGCAGGCCUAUGUGUCUGCAAAUAAAAUAUUUGCAGAUAAGGUUAUGGAAGUUGCUGACCCAGAGGAUGAUUACAUCUGGGUUCACGAUUAUCAUCUUAUGAUUUUACCUACGUUCUUAAGGAAGCGCUACAAUCGAGUCAAGCUUGGGUUUUUUCUUCAUAGUCCCUUUCCUUCAUCAGAGAUAUACCGAACUCUGCCUGUGAGAGACGAAAUUCUUAAAGGACUUCUCAAUUGUGACCUCAUUGGGUUUCAUACAUUUGAUUAUGCACGACAUUUUUUGUCAUGCUGCAGUAGAAUGAUGGGCUUGGAUUAUGAAUCUAAGCGGGGACACAUUGGACUCGAUUACUUUGGUCGCACGGUGUACAUUAAGAUUCUUCCUGUAGGCAUCCAUAUGGGACGGCUGAAAUCUGUGUUAAAUCUUCCAAUCACAUCCAAUAAAGUCAAAGAGAUAGCUGAACGUUAUAAGGGGAAAAAACUGAUAGUCGGGGUUGAUGACAUGGAUAUAUUUAAAGGCAUCAGUCUUAAGUUGCUAGCCUUCGAAUAUCUCUUGCAGCUGCAUCCUGUGCUGCAAGGUAACCUGGUUCUGAUCCAAAUUGUGAAUCCUGCAAGGAGUUCAGGAAAAGAUGUGCAAGAAGCAAAGAGGGAGACCUAUUUAAUCGUAAAUAGGAUCAAUGAGACGUAUGGUUCACCUAAUUAUCAGCCAGUGGUUCUGAUUGACCGCCCUGUUGCCCGUUAUGAGAAGUCGGCUUAUUAUUCUAUGGCUGAUUGUUGCAUAGUCAAUGCUGUUAGGGAUGGAAUGAACUUGGUACCUUAUAAAUACCUUGUUUGCAGACAACAUUCACCUCAUUUGGAUCAAGAUGUCGAUUCGGAAAAGGUAUCAUCUCGCACAAGCAUGUUGGUUGUGUCUGAGUUUGUCGGCUGUUCACCAUCACUAAGUGGUGCUAUAAGGGUCAACCCAUGGGAUAUAGAAUCUGUGGCUGGAGCUAUUAGUUCUGCUAUAACCAUGAAGGAUUCAGAGAAGCAAUUGAGGCAUGAGAAGCACUAUCGAUAUGUAAGCUCCCAUGAUGUGGCUUAUUGGGCUCGUAGCUUUAUGCAAGAUUUGGAGAGAGCAUCCAAAGAUCACUAUAACAAGCGUUGCUGGGGUAUCGGUUUUGGCCUGGGUUUUAGAGUUGUUUCUCUUUCUCCCAGUUUCAGAAAACUGUCUCCCAACUAUAUUGUCUCGGCAUAUAGAAGGUCAAGCAGACGGGCGAUAUUUCUGGAUUAUGAUGGUACACUUGUUCCACAAUCAUCUAUUGUAAAAACCCCCAGCGAUGAACUUAUUUUAAUUUUGAGCACACUGUGCAAUGAUCCUAAGAACACCGUGUUCAUUGUUAGUGGACGAGGAAGAAGCUCUUUAAGCGAGUGGCUUGCUCCUUGUGAGCGGCUAGGUCUAGCCGCUGAACAUGGGUAUUUUACAAGGUGGGGUGGAAAUUCUGACUGGGAAUCCAGUCUCCCAGCUGCAGAUCUUGAGUGGAAGGAGAUUGUAGAACCUGUGAUGAAAUUAUAUACGGAGGCGACUGAUGGUUCCAACAUUGAGAUCAAAGAGAGUGGUCUGGUCUGGCACCACCAAGAUGCUGAUCCUGACUUUGGUUCUUGCCAAGCAAAGGAGUUGUUGGUGCAUUUAGAGAAUGUGCUCGCUAAUGAACCAGCUGUCGUUAAACGUGGCCAACACAUAGUUGAAGUUAAACCUCAGGGUGUGAGCAAAGGAUUAGUUGCAGAGCAAAUUCUAUCAAGCAUGGUCGAAAAAGGAGAAGCUCCAGAUUUCGUGACAUGUAUAGGCGAUGACCGAUCAGACGAAGACAUGUUUGAAAGCAUUAGGAACACAAUUUCAAGUCCGGAAAUAUUUGCUUGUACGGUGGGGCGGAAACCUAGUAAGGCUAAAUACUACCUGGACGACACUGGGGACGUGAUAAAAUUGCUGGGAGGGCUUGCUAACGCUUCGGAUCCAAAACCUGGUAACACGGCCCGAUUCCAGGUUACUUUUGAUACCAUUUUUUGAGAUAUAGCAGCAAAACAUGUACAGUUUGUGUUUUAGGAUUUAGGAUGAAAUCUUUAACUUGGUCUGGUGUGCAUACUGCUAAAACUUGGGCAUUUGGGGAGAACAUUUUUUAUGUACAGCUACUCUUUUGCUUCUAUAAAAGCUUUUCACUUUUCUAA